CGUGAACUGACAUAACCUUCAAAUAAUUUAUAACUUUAUAAGUGCUCACAGAUAUACAGAAGAGUUGUUAAUAUUUAAUUGUCUGUUUUAUUUAUGUGAAAAUGGGGAAAAAACGCAAUGAAUUUUCCCACUUAACUUUAGAAGAAAAGAAAGUUAUAACAGUCGCCGAAAUCGUACAACUUUUAAUUAAAGCACAAAAUGAGAAGCGAGACGUUAAUUUGAACUCUUUAAAAACACGUAUUUCAGCGAAAUAUGGCCUGGAAAGUUCGCCACGUUUGGUUGACAUAAUCGCAGCAGUCCCAAUUAACUACAGAAAAGCUUUGGUUCCAAAACUUCUAGCAAAACCAAUACGAACUGCGAGUGGGAUUGCCGUAGUUGCUGUCAUGUGCAAACCUCACAGAUGUCCCCAUAUAAAUAUGACUGGCAAUAUUUGUGUAUACUGUCCCGGUGGACCUGAUUCAGAUUUUGAAUAUUCCACCCAAAGUUACACAGGAUAUGAGCCAACAUCAAUGAGAGCUAUCAGAGCAAGGUAUGACCCUUAUCUGCAGACUAGACACAGAGUGGAACAGUUGAAGCAGUUGGGACACUCAGUUGACAAAGUUGAGUUUAUUGUGAUGGGUGGAACAUUUAUGAGCUUGCCAGAUGACUAUCGAGAUUAUUUUAUCAGAAAUUUGCAUGACGCUUUAUCAGGACACAAAAGCAGCUCUGUGGAAGAAGCUGUAAAGUACUCAGAGAGAUCCAACACUAAAUGUAUCGGUAUUACUAUUGAAACACGUCCUGAUUAUUGUUUGCAGAAACAUUUGUCAGAUAUGUUGAACUAUGGAUGUACUAGACUUGAAAUAGGUGUACAGUCUGUUUAUGAGGAUGUAGCUAGAGAUACCAACCGUGGACAUACUGUUAAGGCAGUCUGUGAAACUUUUAAUUUGGCAAAGGAUGCAGGCUACAAAGUUGUAGCACACAUGAUGCCUGACUUACCCAAUGUAGACUUGGAGCGCGAUAUUGAACAAUUUAUUGAAUUUUUUGAAAAUCCAAACUUUAGAGCAGAUGGAUUAAAAAUUUAUCCAACUUUGGUGAUCCGUGGUACUGGUCUUUAUGAGUUGUGGAAAACUGGAAGAUAUAAAAGUUAUCCUCCUUCAGUUCUUGUUGAUUUGAUUGCAAAUAUCUUGGCUUUAGUUCCUCCAUGGACUAGAGUAUAUAGAGUUCAAAGGGAUAUACCUAUGCCUCUUGUUAGCUCAGGAGUCGAACACGGGAAUCUCCGAGAAUUAGCUUUACAGCGAAUGAAAGAUUUAGGACUAAAGUGCCGCGACGUAAGAACCCGUGAAGUUGGAAUUACUGAGAUCCACGAGAAAGUGAGGCCCAACGACGUUGAAUUAAUAAGACGCGAUUAUUAUGCAAACGGGGGUUGGGAAACCUUUUUAAGUUAUGAGGAUCCAGAACAAGACAUUCUGAUUGGCCUGUUGCGGUUGCGAAAAUGCACUGAACAAACAACAUACAGACCUGAACUACGUGGAAAAUGCUCUGUAGUGCGCGAACUUCAUGUUUAUGGCAGCGUGGUACCUGUUAGUGACCGCAACGUAAAGAAAUUUCAGCACCAAGGUUAUGGUUCACUUUUGAUGGAAAAAGCCGAAAAUAUAGCGAUUAAUGAACACAAAUCGGAUAAAAUUGCCGUUAUUUCGGGAGUAGGAACGCGUAAUUAUUACAGGAAGCUUGGAUAUGAACUUGAGGGGCCAUACAUGGUGAAGUCCUUAAAGCCUGACUUAUAUAAAAGCGUGUUCAGUUGUGUUGAUGGAGCGCCAGUUCCAAAAAAUAGUCCAACUUACACGAGAAAAAAAUGGACACUGAAUGAUGAAGAGUGGUUGGAGCAGUUUGAUGCAGAAAAUAAGUAAUACAUUAUUUUAUCAUUAUAACAAA